AUGUAAAUUCGUUAAGAACCAGAUCUUGAUUGCGAAUCAAUUAAAAAUGCCCUUAGAAACAUAAACUAAAGACUCAACAAUCUUUAGAAAAUAAUACCCCCUGAAAUCACUGUAGAAAAGGAUCCAAAAAUACCCAAAUUGAAUUUAAAAAAAAUAGGAAUAAUUUCAGAAGAAAAUAAAUAAAUACAAAAAAAAGUGACUGCUAAUUUGGGAACUAAUAACUAGAACCUACUAGAAUAAUAAAAUAAAGCACCAUUUAAAAUGAGAAGUUAAUCAUUCAAUCAUCAUAUCGAAUCAACAUCGCUUGACAUCAAUUUAAAAGAUUUUUAUUGCUAAAAUGCCUACACUACUCAUGUUUAAAUUGGGAAAACUCAACUCAAUAAUGAUUUUGAAUUUUAAAAAAGAUUUCAAGAAAUACUCAACAAGUAAAACGAUAAUAAGGAGAAUCUUAAAAGAGAAUGCCAUUAGCUUAUACCACCAUCUCAUAUUGCUUAGCCUAAAGUGCAGCAAAUAACUUAGCAUCAUUAAUCUAAGAUUAAUACAACUCCAGUAAAGAUCUUAACUAAGAAAUCGCAGCCUAAUCCACAAAUUAAUCAUAUUCAAAAUUAGCAUCCUUUGAUUCAUCAAUAAUUCUAUGUGCAGUAACCCAAUUAAUAAUAUGUGAAGGUAAUAUAAAAUUAUGAAUCCUCCAAUUACCCAAUAAUAUAGUAUAGAUAUGCUCAACAUCAUAAUUCAAGAUCUUCAUCAUUUCAUAACUUAGAGAACUAUCAAGUUGAAAAAAUAUGA